UCACCUCUCCGUGAAGUGGUACAGUCCCGUUAGACGCAGUCAGAGUCCCGGGUUUGCAGCGGCUGCAGUUUCUUAGCGGACAUGACUAACAUGCGGAUAAAGUGCACUUUACCAUAGAAAACGGACAACAUAAUGAACUUUUACCGCCUGGCUAUUUUGCUGGGAGCAUCAGAGGCACUACUUGGAUGGCGAAAGCUGUUUCUGAUACUCACAGUGAUUCCCUGCUGCUUGAGUAUCAAGGUGUCCAUCCCAAAGCAGGAAUAUGAGGUAGCAAGGGGAGGCGAUAUUACGAUGACUUGUAACUUUGAACCAGCCCAACCCAUCUCAAAAUCUUUUGUUCUCACAUGGGAAGCUUACCCCGACGUUCUUGGUGAACCGCUGAGAACACUGGCCACCUAUUUCUUGAACAACGAGCCCGACUAUGGACCUGGAUACGAAGGUAGAGCACAACUGGAGGUUGACAUUAACAGGAAAGUGAGCACGCUGACUUUAAAAAAGGUGACCAUUGGGGACAGCCGCCAUUACCAGUGCGGUGUCUUGAUACCCAAUGAUGACCAGGGAACGCUAUCUGCAACCACUUCCCUUUUGGUCCUGGUUCCUCCCUCUACACCGAACUGUACGCUUCAGGGAAGUCCAGAGUACUUUCACAACAUCACACUUACAUGCCGGUCUGAGGAGGGAUCUCCAGACCCCGUCUAUGAAUGGAAGAGCUACAGCGUGGAAAACAUUUCCAGACCCUUUCCACCCAAAACAAUUAUCAAGGGCGGAGAGCUGUCUCUCUUCCACAUCUCAAGAGAGACAUCUGGGUACUACAUUUGUACAGCAACAAAUCGAAUCGGUUCUGCCAGUUACAGUUAUACCCUAGCUGUGACCCCAGGCAGCAUGAUGAACAUCUCAUCCACUACAAUUAUAGUUAUUGUGGUAGUUGCAGCAGUUGUCCUUCUGGGAAUUGUGAUCUUCUGUUGUUACCGCAGAAAGGCCAAACAUCCCAAAAAAUAAGUUCUAUGUGUCUUAGAAACUUGUGUCUCUGUGAACCGUCAUCAACGUUUAUUGGUGUAUUGAUUGGUAAUAUAUGAGUCACCCAACCAACGAUACAUGUUGUCUCUCAGCCCCUCUGAAGAAAUGGAGGAUUAUAACAAAUACGGUCCUGAAGCUGGAAAGGAGUACCAGGAUGACGAGUCGAUUCCUGAGAAAAAGCAGGUCAACCUAAACACACUUUGCACUUUGCAGUCAGGGAUUUGAUUAUUGUUUCAAAGCAUUGUUUGUCUCUCUUUGUUGUGAGAAUAUGCCAAAAGAAGUGUCUGAUCUUUAUUUUUUUCAGAAGACCAAACGCUUAGUCAAGAAAUUAAUCAACAGAUUAAAAAAUGUAUGUUAAGUGAGACUUUAUUCUGAAUUAAUUUUUCACCGUAUUUUCUGGGGUUUUUUUUAGUUUUUUUUGUUUUGUUUUGUUUUUUCAUUUUUUCAGUAUUCUACUAAACGUCAUUCAUUGAAUGUAAGAAGUGCAGUUCUAUAUUUGGCAAAAUAAAAUCGAAGUUUCUAAAGAA